UUCCAGACUCCCAAGAACCAGAUGAAGCAGAAAAAAAUGGCUCCCCCCCCCAAGAAGGUGGAGGAGAGCGAGGAAGAAGAGUCCUCCGAGCUGGAGGAGAGCAGCGGGGAGGAGAUGGUUCCUCAGAAGAAACAACAGAAAGUGGCAGUUACCCCAGCCAAGAAGGCUGCAACCCCAGCCAAGAAGGUUGCCACCCCUGCAAAAAAGGCAGUCACACCAGCCAAGAAGGCUGUGGCCACUCCAGCUAAGAAGGUCGUUGCCCCUUCACCUAAAAAGCCCACUGUUGUAGCCAAAGGAGCGAAAAAUGGAAAGAAUGCCAAGAAGGAAGAGAGCGAGGAAGAAGAUGAAGACGAUGAUGAGGAUGAGGAAGACGAUGAGGAUGACGAGGAUGAGGAAGACGAAUCUGAUGAGGAGGAGGAGGUAGURCUGCCAGUGAAGCCUGCAGCCAAAAAGCCUGCAGCUGUACCAGCCAAAAAACCUGCAGCUGUGCCAGCAAAGCAGGAAUCUGAGGAUGAGGAGGAUGAAGAUGAUGACGAUGAGGAGGAGGAAGAUGAUGAGUCCGAAGAUGAGGCCAUGGACACGACACCUGUUCCAGUAAAGAAACCUACUCCAGCAAAGGCUACUCCAGCUAAGGCUACUCCAGCUAAAGCCAUGGCAGAAUCUGAAGAUGAGGAUGAAGAUGAYGAUGAGGAAGAUGAGGAAGAUGAAGAGGAGGAUGAGGAAGAUGAAGAGGAUGAGGAGAGUGAGGAUGAAAAACCUGUCAAGGAAGCACCUGGAAAGAGGAAGAAAGAAAUGGCCAAUAAAAGUGCACCAGAGGCCAAGAAAAAGAAAACAGAAGGCUCUUCAGCUUUCUCCCUCUUCGUGAAAAAUUUGUCACCAACCAAGGAUUAUGAAGAACUGAAGACUGCUAUCAAGGAGUUUUUUGGCAAGAAGAAUCUUCAAGUUACAGAAGUUAGAAUUGGUUCUUCCAAACGAUUUGGCUACGUAGACUUCUCAUCUGCUGAAGAUAUGGAUAAAGCUCUUCAGCUGAGCGGAAAGAAGCUCAUGGGUUUGGAGAUCAAACUGGAAAAAGCAAAGAGCAAGGAAAGCCUUAAAGAAAAUAAGAAAGAGAGAGAUGCUAGAACACUUUUUGUGAAGAAUCUGCCCUACCGCGUAACUGAAGAAGAGAUGAAAGAAGUGUUUGAAAACGCGCUAGAAAUCCGACUAGUAUUUAACAAGGAGGGAACCAGCAGAGGGAUGGCCUAUGUUGAAUUCAAAACGGAAGCUGAAGCAGAGAAAGCUUUGGAGGAGAAGCAAGGCACAGAGGUUGAUGGUCGUGCCAUGGUUAUUGACUACACUGGUGAGAAGAGCCAACAAGAAAGUCAGAAAGGAGGAGAGAAGGAGACAAAGACCCUAAUUGUAAACAACCUCUCAUACUCUGCCUCAGAAGAGACUCUUCAAGAACUGUUCAAAAAGGCUACAUCCAUCAGGAUGCCACAGAACAACCAGGGCAGGCCUAAAGGGUACGCAUUUGUAGAAUUUCCCACAGCUGAAGAUGCCAAAGAGGCUUUAAAUUCGUGUAAUAACACAGAAAUUGAAGGCAGAGCAAUCAGACUGGAAUUCAGUUCACCAGGGUGGCAGAAAGGGAACACGAAUGCGAGAGGAGGUUUUAAUCAACAAAGCAAAACGUUGUUUGUCAGAGGCCUUUCUGAGGAUACUACAGAAGAGACGUUAAAAGAGUCAUUUGAAGGCUCUGUAAGUGCUAGAAUAGUCACAGACAGAGACACUGGAUCAUCUAAAGGGUUUGGAUUUGUGGACUUCAGCUCCCCUGAAGAUGCCAAAGCAGCUAAGGAAGCCAUGGAGGAUGGAGAGAUAGAUGGAAACAAAGUGAUCCUUGAUUUUGCCAAGCCAAAGGGUGAUUUUCAACGUGGCGGCGGCUUUGGCGGCGGCUUCGGUGGUCGUGGUGGCAGAGGCGGCAGAGGAGGAAGAGGUGGAUUUGGUGGCAGAGGUGGCGGCAGAGGAUUUGGAGGUAGAGGAGGUGGCUUCCGAGGAGGCAGAGGAGGAGGUGGAGACCACAAGCCCCAAGGAAAGAAGAUAAAGUUUGAAUAAACUUUCUCUCACUUUCCUUCCCUUUCUGCUCUCUGAGACUAUCUGAAAGGACUCCGGGGGUUUUUAUUCUCCUUUUAUCUUGGCGGAGCCUUCGGAGGACAUUCCAAGAUGCGAAGCAGUACUGUGAGCCACUUGGAAGAAACAAUUUUCAUUUCAAGGAAGACAUAGCAAGCCCUUUUGACUGCUUGCCUAUUCAAACGAACUUUUAAAAAGAAAUGAGUGAUAGAGAUGUGGGAAUUUCCCCCUUGUCUGUGAGUUGUCUUGAAUUUAUAAUGUUUUACCCAUGUACAAAAAUAUUUUUUUUCCUAUAAACUUCUGUAGCAUUUUUUGCUGUAAAAAUGCAGAAUGUUUUAUCAUUUGUGCUUCAGCA